GAUCAAUGGAAAGAGCCAAAGAUGUCGGCUCUGUCAUGUGAUCAGCUGUGUCCAAUCACAGCUGAUCACAUGGCACUGAUGAUCAGUGUGCCCUGAUGAUCAGGGUAGCCUCAUCAAUGCCAGCUGACAGUGCCCAUCAAUGCCACCUGCUGUGCCCAUCAGUGUCACAUCAAUGCCACAUAUCAGUGCCUACCAGUGCACAUCAAUGCCACAUAUCAGUGCCCAUCUGAGCUGCCUUUCAAUGCCACCUAUCAGUGCCACCUAUCAAUGCCAGUCAGUGCCGCCUAUCAGUGCCAUAUAUGAGUGCUGCCGUUCAGUGCCCAUCAGUGAUGCCUGUCAAUCCCAUCAGUGCCACCUACCAGUGCCUCCU